AUGGAAGACAACCAGGAUGCCCCAGGUGAUGUGAUUACCACUUCCGAUGCCCCCGCUUCACCCAAGCGCCAGAAUGCCGAUGGCGAACCCGAGGAUGAGGAGAUGGGCGGCACCGAGACGGAGACCAAGAAGGAGACCGAUGGAGGCGAGGACCUCGCUGAUGUUGCCGCACAGUCCGGCGCUGAAGGUGCUACAGAUGAACAGCCGGCGCAGGCCAAGGCAUCCAUUGAAGCCUCCGCGCGCUCACAUCUCGUUUCGCAAACCCACGCCAUCAUCCUCCCCAGCUACUCCACCUGGUUCGACAUGCACCUCAUUCACCCGAUCGAGAAGAAGGCUCUGGCGGAGUUCUUCAACGGCAGAAACCGUAGCAAGACCCCUGCUGUUUACAAAGAUUACCGUGAUUUCAUGAUCAACACCUACCGUCUGAACCCUAUCGAGUACCUCACAGUCACUGCGUGCCGCCGCAACCUUGCCGGAGACGUCUGUGCGAUCAUGCGCGUGCACUCCUUCCUGGAGCAAUGGGGUCUCAUCAACUACCAGGUGGAUCCUCAAACACGUCCGUCCAACAUCGGCCCUCCUUUCACUGGCCAUUUCCGAGUGGUCGCCGAUACCCCCAGAGGCCUCCAGCCAUUCCAGCCCGGACCCAACCACUUCGUCAAGCCCGGAAAGCCUUUGCCGGCCACGGAUCGUGCAGCAUCAGCCACCCCGGCUGCCAAGGCCGACCUGAACCUCGAGAUCCGUCGCAAUGUGUAUGAUGACAAGGGCAAGGAGAUCACCCCUGCUACGGAGGACAAAGACAAGCAGACCAAUGGCGAAGGUUCAACGAACGGUACGACGGGCGAUUCGACCAAGGCGAUGGAGAGCGCUUCCAAGGAACCGAGAAAGAAGUUCAACUGCUUCUCCUGUGGCAUCGAUUGUACUCGCCUCAGAUUCCACUACGCAAAGGCGACACCAGCAACCGCCAACCCAGCUGCACCUGACACCAAGUACGAUCUGUGCCCCAACUGUUUCCUUCAGGGCCGGAUGCCGUCCAGCCACAGUGCUUCCGACUUCGUCAAGCUCGAAGACAGCCCAUACUCGAUUGCGCCCGACCGGGAUGCUCCGUGGUCGGAUUCGGAGCUUGUGCUGUUGCUGGAGGGAUUGGAAAACUUCGACGACAACUGGGAACAAAUUGCCACUCACGUUGGAUCCAGGACAAAGGAGGAGUGCGUGAUGAAGUUCUUGCAGCUGGAGAUCGAAGACAAGUAUCUGGAUGAUAUGCCCGAGGUUCGUGCAGGCAAUGGGCGGGAGCCUAUCAGCCAGACCGAGAACCCUGUCCUGUCCGUGGUUGCGUUCCUUGCACAGAUGGCCGAGCCUGCCGUGGCCGCAGCUGCCGCCGGCCGCUCCGUGGAGGAGAUCCGCAAGGAAUUGAGAAAGCAGCUCGAGAAGGGCUCUGGAGCCCAAGACAAGGGCAAGGAGAAGGAAGGCAGUGCCACAGUCAAGGCUGAGGAUUCCAUGGAAGUGGACUCUGCUCGCGAGGAAGCAACCGAGCAAGCUGUCGAGGUCGCUGGCUCCGACAAGGGCAAGGCUUCCCUUCCCACUGUGGCCCUCGCGGCUUCCGCCGCUCGUGCUGGUGCUCUGGCUUCUCACGAAGAACGUGAAAUGACCCGCCUGGUCUCAUCGGCCGUCAACGUCACCCUCCAGAAGUUCGAGAUCAAGCUGCAGCAGUUCAACGAGAUGGAGGAGAUCAUCGAAGCCGAACGCCGGGAACUUGAGCUCGCUCGCCAGCAGCUCUUCCUCGACCGCAUGGCCUUCAAGAAACGCGUCAAGGAGGUCCAGGACACUCUGCAGGCCGUCAGCCUUCGGGGCCCUGGUGAGGAGACCAACAACAUGCUCGCCGAUGCUGCUACGACCGGGAUCGGCAACCGCUAUAACUUCCAACCGGCAGGAGGUGACGUUAGAGGCGUGCAGCCGCUGAGUGCAGAAACAGGCGCUGACUACAAGACGUUGGACCUGUAA